AUGCAACAAAAUCUGCUGCAAGGAAUAACACAGUAUUUGAUGACCCUAUGCGCCAAACCCUUUGUUCUGACCGCAAUGGUAAUGGACGUGGGCAAACAGCUGAGACGAUUGGCUUUGCUCCAAGCUGCAGGAAAGCAGGUGGAUUUCACCCCUAGUAUCGAUUUGGCCAGGAAACUGCGUAAUGAGUUGUACGAUCGCUUCCUUAUUGUGAGAAUUCUCGAGAGAGACAGUCGCACUUUAUGUGAGAACGUGAAAACUUGGCAGAAGGAAUACGAGGCUCUAGAGCAACAAAAUGCAGAAAAUCCUAAAAUAGCGGAACGGAUCGCCAGUCAACUUCGGCAACAAAUUCCUGUGUGA